UUUAGCAAGAAGCAAGUUCAGAACAUUGACUUUAGACGUAGAAAAUUACUUUAGAAUAAACAGUCAUAUAUUUUUCGCAUUUGGAUUCUUUGAUUGUACACCAGGAGCAAUAUUUCUUCCCUAAGAUAAUUAGUAUACCUAGAACCAAUUAAUGAAUUGAAUAAAGUUGUAUAAACGCGGUACAUGUGCUAAUCCACUAUUUAAAGGAGCAGAAGGCUAUAAAUUGGUGUUCCCGAGGAUUUAUGGAUACAUAAUGAGUUACACAAACAUGGAAAACAUUAUAAUUUUGAGGCAACAAAUCGCUAUACGGCGUUGUAAAAUAUCUCAUGAAAUAUAUAUGUCAUUUACAUGAGAGACAUUUUUGCAACCCAACCAGGAACUAUAAGCCUGAGUACUGGUCAGACAUAAUUGAGUCCACCGUUGACUCCAAGGUGCUGGAAUCAAUGAAGACAAUGAAGUUUUCAUCUUUUAUAUUCGUCUUGGGGUAUAUGGUGCAUUGGAGCACUGCAUUUCCCUCCACUCAGACGUCAAUUGUAAUACCGACAAAGGCGAAUCAAACAACGCCACUUAAUGUAAACACAUCGACUGUAUCGUUGCUAACGACUACUCUCUCAUCGACGCCAAUGGAGAGAUCCCGAAUCUCAGAAAUUACACAGACUACUGGAUUAAGUACUCUGGCUAUAAGAAAUAUUCAAACCACGGAAGCUACGACUUUCGCGCCUGCUAAAGAAACUCGAGAAUCACCUGGUAAAAUUCGGCCACACAUUAGACUUAAUAUCAACUAUACCAGCGCCAGUGAGAGUGGUGUACGAUUACCGGAGGGUGCAUCCGCGGCAUUAGCAAAGCCAACAAAGUACCACUACUAUCCUCAUAAUCAGCAUAUCUAUUUACUCCCCGAGUGUGCUGUACAACAAGUCUGCAAUUCUGUGUAUGUGAGAUUGAAUUUUACUCAACCACUAUGUGCAUGCCCUGGUAGGUACAGGGAUCCAUGCAGUGCAUCAUUGGAUAGUGAUGACUUGCACACUACUGAGCUAGUCACAGAUCCACAAACUAGGGCGCUGACGCUCGUGAAAACGUGCGAACCUAUUGCUGAUAUGAGAGAAUGCAGGGCUCCUAAGGAUUGGUCGUUACUAGCAUUGCAGAAUAUUAGAACUGGAAAGUCCCACUACCUUGUAAUUUGCCGGUGUCCUGAUAACAAUAUUCUAGAGGGGCCGAUGAGCCAUGAUCAACCGACCUAUGCAAGUGUUCCUGGUAUUCGUGUUUAUGGAAUGAUGUGUGUGCAAGGAAAUAGGAAAGGACGUCCACUACGACACGGGCGUAAUCUACUUGGUAUUGAAAUACGAGAGGAUUCGAAACCGGAAUUCCCAUGGCACAGCGUUCCAGAAUUAAUGAAAACCGCCACAUGGGACUGACGAGCAUAUCAUAUUAUUAAUCGAUUGCGUCAAUUAGUAUUUUAAAUAAUGUACUAUUUAUUAUGAAAUUCCUGCCAAUUUCGUUCUCUAUUCAUACAUAUAUUUUUCAAUGCUUCCUGUA